GCAACAAGGUAUUUCGAGGUUUUACUAAAACUUUUCCAAUUAAGAAGAUUGAUAGCUCUAGAACUCGAAUCGCAUUUACACAUUUUGGUCAAGCCAUCGUCAUCAUUCUAGCAAAUGAACAGAUGGAAGUCGCGUCAUUCGUGGUAUGCAAAGAUUACCGGUACCUGGGCGUUGGGAAGUAUACAAAAAAUGAAGAACGUUUAGAUGUCUUAGUUGAGAAUGAAAAGAUGAAAUGUGAUGGCAGCAGAGAAAACCGAUAUUGGAUCGAUUUCAAGAACCAGUCUUACAAGAUGGGCCACCUCGGCGAUUCUCGACCUCUCGUACAGUGGAACGACACCCGUGGUUUAAAUCGUAACAUCAUCUCUAUUGGACUCGCUAAACACAAUUUUGACCUACCGACAUUCCCGGCUUCUACUUCUUUGAACUUCGACAUUCCAUGUGAUAACUAAGAUCAUGGAGAAAAAAUAAUUUUUCUUGUUGAUACUCUUUUUUUUAUUCGUUAAAUGUAAAUAUAUUUGAAAUUGUAGUAUUCAUUCAUUAAUUAAUCAUUUGUCAUAUUGAAAUUUAUUUAAUACCUUUUCCCCAAUAGCAUACUACUUCUAUGAAUUUCAACAUUCCUUGUGAUAACUAAGAUCAUGGAAAGAAAAAUAAAUUGUCUUGUUUGUUACUCUUUG